AUGAUUCGCGGCCGUCGUCGCCCAGCCGCCAGUGCCGCCGCAGCCGCACCCCUGGUGGGAUACGGUAAUCGAACAGGUCGUCGUAUCGUAAUGAGAGUGAAUCUGAGCGAUCAUCUAGUUCGUUCCCACAUCGCGCUGACGGGACGGGGCGACGACGACAUGACGAUGCCGGAAGGAUACGGUCACUUAACAGUAACAUCGACGUUAUUCAGUUGUAUAUUCAUCUAG